CUUAUACACUUUCAUUUGAGUACUCACAUGAGUAUGAGUGUAUGAGUGAGCGACCAACUGAACAUGAGUUUUUCAGUGGCCAGCUCUGCUAUCGUUUCAUAAUCUUAGACGAUGAGAAGAUGGCCGAAUCCCUGGCUGUCGUCUCGUCUGCGCCCAACUCAUGUCUUCCAACGACGAUGUUUCCAUCUUGACAGGCCUGACGUCGAGUCCGUCGACGUGCCUUGUCGCUCGUCGGGGGCCAUCACAGUAGACCUUCACAAUGUGAACCGUCAUCCCGCCACAACCCCUUUGGUGUUGUACAUCCCGCCCUUCUCACCAACCCCGGGACACCUGACCCCCAUCCCCCACUUCCUCAUGCCGUACCCAACGGCCGUCAUCAACUACCGAUGGUCCCCGUCCCGGUCCGAGGCCCCGGUCCCCACCUCUCCGGAAACCGACCAUGACCACGCCCCAGACUUCAACUUCACCACACCUCUCACAUGGCCCACCCCCUUACACGACGUCCUCGCCGGCUACACCUGGGUCACGGAAAACCUCCUACCCCCCGGCACCACCUCCCGUCGCGACAUCUACGUCUACAGCUCCCACGCCGGCGCCAGCAUCGCCACCUCCCUGGCCCUGACUGAGUCCCACCACCACGCCCGCAUGGCCGUCCGCGGACUGAUCGCCUGGAACGGCAUCUACAACUGGUCCAUGUUCCUCCCGGACCACAAGAUCAACAGGCCCGCCACCGCGCGCAGCAAGAAGCUUCCGCCGCGGCCUGAGGAAGGGUCGGCACUGCAUAUGCUGCAGAUGAAGAUGGCGGACCUCUUCCGUGCGCCCGUAGACCUGUUCGAUCCGUUUGUUAGCCCUAGUCUCCUCUUCCAGACGCCUGGCAUGAACGUGCCGUCGAGCUUCGUGCAGGCGGCGGCCGUGUCAUCGUUGUUGGAACGGCUUUCCUCUGUCAACUCGGACGUGAAGCCGGCUGAUGUCCUCGGCGUCACGGAAGGGUUGUUGUUGACGGCGCCGAGGCGCAGCGCCCUCGUGUUCCCGCCGAGAAAGUCGACGCUCAAGCUGCCUUCUGCUUUGUUACUUCAUGAUACCCCUACGGAGCCCGUCGUGGAGCGUAAGACGACAAGGAAAAGCAGCAUGGCGUCGGCCAUGGCCGGAGAACUCGCUUCUAGGACGGCAAGGAGACGAAAGGUAUCUGGGCACACAUUCGAAGCCCAGGCAACCGAGCUGGCGGGGUUGAUGAGGCGGAGCUUGGAGAAGCUGGAGUUCAAGGCGAGGUUGCAGUGGGAUGAGGAGUUUGACGUGGAGACCGAGGCUGAGAGGCGGGUGACCGUCGUCGAGGUUGGCGAGAAUGAGGGGCUUGAGCUUGGUGAGCGUGGGGAAGACGCCAUUGCGGAGUGGUUGGAGGAUAGGAUCCGUUUGUGAUACCCAUCGAUUCUCCUCUCAUAUUUCAUUUUUCUUUGGAGGGCACUGGCCAGUACUUGUAUGGCGUAAUGGGCUUCUCGUUUCGAAAACUUAUGCGGCCAUCGUAGGGGGUGUGUCGAUGAAGCCGUAGCAAGAUGUGGUAGCCAGGGUGUUCACUCUGAGCUCCUCGGUAGCUGGACCAUCCACGCACAAC